GAUUGGUGACGUCGAACAGCCAGCGUUUAUUUUGGCACUGCUGCUCUCGUUUGUCUUAUUGUCGCCGCCAUUAAACAGCACGGAGAUGGCAUAAACCGUGGACUGUCGCCGGUUUACGUUAUGAUUGAAGGCGCACGGAGACUCUGCCAAAGUGUGGUGUAUUUUCUAGGAGGCUAACGCAUGUGUAAAGGUCAACAUGUGAGACGUUAAAGGGGCGGAAAUAACUUGGUUUGAGAAAGGAUUCAGACGCCAGGAGGAGGAGGAGGGGCCCCAGAUAGACAGGGUUUGUUUGUUGUGGUUUCAGCGAGGAACGAGCACAAAACACCAAACUCUCCUACAGAAGCAUUUUUAUGCCUGAGCAGGACGGACAACUGGAAUUAUCGCCACAUUUUGACCAUCCAGAGAUCCAUGAUGACAGAGCAAAAAGUAAAGUGGGCAUGUGACUAUUGCACAUAUGAAAACUGGCCCUCUGCAGUUAAGUGCACCAUGUGCCGUGCACAAAGAUUGAUUGGUCCCAUCAUCACAGAAGAGCCCUUUGAAAAUGAGCCAGCUCUGGACCCCAACCUGGAGUGGGACUCUUCCAGAACUGAACAUAGUAGCAGCCUGCUCAUCUGUCCAGACUCCAGUGCCAGGCCCAGGGUCAAAUCAGCCAGCAUGGGAGAAGUUUCUAAUAAGUGGUCCUGUCACAUGUGCACCUACCUGAAUUGGCCCCGAGCCAUUCACUGCACACAAUGUCUCUGUCAGCGCUCCAGGACCUGCAGUCCCACAGAGUCCCCCCAGAGUUCAGGCUGCCGUCCUGCUGCCUUGUCUCCAGUAGACCCUUGUGAGGAGUACAAUGACAGAAACAGACUCAACAACACCCACCAGCAGCACUGGACAUGCACAGUUUGCACUUAUCAGAACUGGCCUCAAACAUCAAAGUGUGUGGUGUGCGACCAGCCAAAGUCCAACAACCAGGAAUCAAUAGAGCUAGCUCAGUCUUUGGAGCCCUCACCUUUGAUCAAUGAGCAGGACAGGACCAGGUGGAGGAGUGGCUGUAGUGGAGGCCGGAGCCAUAGGAGGUCCUCUCCUGUUCCAAAAACUGACAUUAAUGUUCAGAUGGACUUUCAGAGGAUAGAACUUGCAGCUGGAGCCAUGAGUGGCAAAGAGGACCAAGAAGUCAACUUCAAGAAGCUAAAGCAGAUUAAGAAUCGAAUGAAGAAAACCGACUGGCUGUUCCUUAAUGCUUGUGUUGGAGUGGUGGAGGGAGACCUGGCUGCAGUCGAAGCCUACAAAGCAUCCAGUGGUGAUAUUGCCCGUCAGCUCACUGCUGAUGAGGUGCAGCUCCUCAACCGGUCUUCAGCAUUUGAUGUGGGCUUCACGCUGGUCCAUCUUGCCAUUCGUUUUCAGAGGCAGGACAUGCUCGCCAUCCUUCUCACAGAGGUGAACCGGCAGGCAGUUAAGUGUAUCCCCUCCUUGGUGUGUCCUGAGUUGACGGAGCAGAUCCGCAGGGAGAUUACCACCUCAUUGCAUCAACGCAAGGGAGACUUUGCCUGUUACUUCCUCACUGACUUGGUCACUUUCACCCUUCCUGCUGAUAUUGAGGACCUGCCGCCUGCUGUCCAAGAGAAGCUGUUUGAUGAAUUGUUGGACAGAGAUGUACAGAAAGAAUUAGAAGAAGAAUCUGCUGUCAUCAACUGGUCUCUGGAACUGGGGACUCGCCUGGACAGCCGGCUCUACGCUUUGUGGAACCGCACAGCCGGAGACUGUCUGCUGGAUUCUGUCCUUCAGGCCACCUGGGGCAUCUACGACAAGGACUCUGUCCUCCGCAAGACCCUCCACGACAGCCUGCAUAACUGCUCGCACUGGUUUUAUACACGCUGGAAGGAGUGGGAGUCGUGGUACUCACAGAGCUUUGGUUUGCAUUUCUCCUUGAGAGAGGAGCAGUGGCAGGAGGACUGGACCUUCAUCCUGUCUCUGGCCAGCCAGCCGGGGGCCAGCCUGGAGCAGACUCACAUUUUCGUUCUGGCACAUAUUCUUCGCAGACCCAUCAUAGUCUACGGAGUGAAAUACUACAAAAGUUUCCGUGGGGAAACGUUAGGCUACGCUCGUUUUCAAGGUGUGUACUUGCCUCUGUUAUGGGAGCAGAGUUUCUGCUGGAAGAGUCCCAUCGCUCUGGGUUACACUCGGGGCCAUUUCUCAGCCCUGGUGGCCAUGGAGAAUGAUGGCUAUGACAAUCGCGGUGCGGGCGCCAACCUCAAUACUGACGAUGAUGUCACAGUCACCUUCUUACCGCUGGUGGACAGUGAAAGGAAGCUGCUGCACGUUCACUUCCUGUCUGCACAGGAGAUGGGGAAUGAGGAGCAGCAGGAGAAGCUGCUGAGGGCGUGGCUGGACUGCUGCGUGACGGAGGGUGGCGUGCUGGCCGCCAUGCAGAAGAGCUCCUGCCGCCGGAACCACCCUCUGGUCACACAGAUGGUGGAGAAGUGGCUGGACGGUUACCGCCAGAUCCGGCCGUGUGCCACUCUGUCCGACGGAGAGGAAGAGGAGGAUGAAGAUGAGUGAGACAGGGACUGAAAAAAUGACUUUCACGGAAAUACAAAUUCUGUAGUGAUGCAUGUGUUCUGUGAUAACCAGCAACCAACCGAAUCAUGUGGCACCGUACCGAGCUCACUUAGUUUACCUUCCCAAAGCUCCUCAUUUUGUUCGUAACAUAAUUAUCACAUUACCUGACAACAGAAGAAGAAAAGAAGUGCUAGUACAUGUAGGAAAAAAGUGUAUUUAAAUAGAUCCUGUAAAACUCUUUGCCUGAUGUAUUUUUGGGUCAAACUGAAGCCUUUAACCUUGAUGUGUGGUAACCCCCCCCCAAUGCCUCCGCUGAUUCUAUUUAUUCAUUUUACAAAAGCUGGUGACUGGAGAUAACCUUUGUUCUGCCCACUUUUGGUCCAAUCCCAGUUGUCCCCCUUGGCCCUACUGUUUCAGCCUUCACGCAGAAUGGCAGUAGGACGAAGGGAGCGUGUUGGGCAUUGGGGCAACAUCUGUGUUUGGUUUGAAGUAUUUUAUUUUGCACAGAUAAUACUUGCAUUCUGUGAGGGUAAGAGGCAAAAAAAAAAAGGUUUACUGACAUUUUUACGUGUGAUUCAGUUGCUGUUGUUUGAGCGGGUGGUGAUGGAAGAGAAACCCAAACACUGCCUCUUUCUAAACACUGCAUUAAUAUUAAACAUAAACCCACUUGCA